CCCUGAGGCACCGGGCGCGGGCGUGGAGGUGAGCUGGGCGCCACCCGGCGGUAGCCGCCAGCCCGCUCGCAGAGGGAGCAGCGCAGCCUUUCCUGUCAGCCUCUCCUUGCACGCGUCGAAGUGCCUGCAACUUUAAUUAAAGGGCCGUCCCCUAGCCAAGGCUGCAGCACCGCCCCUUGAUUCCUCGCGCCUCAAAAUGAGUAGCUCCCACUCCCGGUCCAGCCAGAGCGCGGCGGGCGCGGCUCCGGGCGGCGCCGACACGCGGGACGCUGAGAUGCCGGCCACCGAGAAGGACCUGGCAGAGGACGCGCCGUGGAAGAAGAUCCAACAGAACACAUUCACGCGCUGGUGCAACGAGCACCUCAAAUGCGUGAGCAAGCGCAUCGCCAACCUGCAGACGGACCUGAGUGACGGGCUGCGUCUCAUCGCGCUGCUGGAGGUGCUCAGCCAGAAAAAGAUGCACCGCAAGCACAACCAGCGGCCCACCUUCCGCCAGAUGCAGCUGGAAAACGUGUCGGUGGCGCUCGAGUUCCUGGACCGCGAGAGCAUCAAGCUCGUGUCCAUCGACAGCAAGGCCAUCGUUGAUGGCAACCUGAAGCUCAUCUUGGGGCUCAUCUGGACCCUAAUCCUGCACUACUCCAUCUCCAUGCCCAUGUGGGACGAGGAGGAGGAUGAGGAGGCCAAGAAGCAGACCCCCAAGCAGAGGCUGCUGGGCUGGAUCCAGAACAAGCUGCCGCAGCUGCCCAUCACCAACUUCAGCCGGGACUGGCAGAGUGGCCGGGCCCUGGGUGCCCUUGUUGACAGCUGUGCCCCAGGCCUCUGCCCCGAUUGGGACUCCUGGGAUGCCAGCAAGCCUGUGAACAACGCACGGGAGGCCAUGCAGCAGGCCGACGACUGGCUGGGUAUCCCCCAGGUGAUCACCCCGGAGGAGAUUGUGGACCCCAAUGUGGAUGAGCACUCUGUGAUGACCUACCUGUCUCAGUUUCCCAAGGCCAAGCUGAAGCCAGGGGCUCCCCUGCGGCCCAAGCUGAACCCCAAGAAAGCCCGAGCCUAUGGGCCAGGCAUUGAGCCCACAGGCAACAUGGUGAAGAAGCGGGCGGAGUUCACGGUGGAGACCAGAAGUGCUGGCCAGGGAGAGGUGCUGGUGUAUGUGGAGGAUCCAGCGGGGCACCAGGAGGAGGCCAAGGUGACUGCCAACAAUGACAAGAACCGCACCUUCUCUGUCUGCUAUGUCCCCGAGGUGACGGGGACUCAUAAGGUCACUGUGCUGUUUGCGGGUCAGCACAUUGCCAAGAGCCCCUUCGAAGUGUAUGUGGACAAAUCACAGGGGGAUGCCAGCAAAGUGACUGCCCAGGGCCCUGGCCUAGAGCCCACCGGCAGUAUUGCCAACAAGACUACCUACUUCGAGAUUUUCACAGCAGGAGCUGGCACCGGUGAGGUGGAAGUCGUGAUUCAGGACCCUACAGGACAGAAGGGCACAGUGGAGCCACAGCUGGAGGCCCGGGGUGACAGCAUGUAUCGCUGUAGCUACCAGCCCACCAUGGAGGGUGUGCACACGGUGCACGUCACGUUUGCUGGGGUGCCCAUCCCACGCAGCCCUUACAUGGUCACAGUUGGCCAAGCCUGUAACCCGAGUGCCUGCCGGGCCGUCGGCCGAGGCCUUCAGCCCAAGGGUGUGCGGGUGAAGGAGACUGCCGACUUCAAGGUGUAUACAAAGGGAGCUGGCAGCGGGGAGCUGAAGGUCACUGUGAAGGGCCCCAAGGGCGAGGAGCGGGUGAAGCAGAAGGACCUGGGUGAUGGUACAUAUGGUUUCGAAUACUACCCCACUGUCCCUGGCACGUACACCGUCACCAUCACUUGGGGUGGCCAGAACAUCGGGCGCAGUCCCUUCGAGGUGAAGGUGGGAACCGAGUGCGGCAAUCAGAAGGUGCGGGCCUGGGGACCCGGGCUGGAGGGCGGUGUUGUCGGCAAGUCGGCUGACUUUGUGGUGGAGGCCAUUGGUGACGACGUGGGCACCCUGGGCUUCUCAGUGGAAGGGCCAUCACAGGCCAAGAUCGAAUGCGACGACAAGGGUGAUGGCUCGUGUGAUGUGCGCUACUGGCCACAGGAGGCUGGCGAAUAUGCCGUUCAUGUGUUAUGCAACGGUGAGGACAUCCGCCUUAGCCCCUUUAUGGCUGACAUCCGCGACGCGCCCCAGGACUUCCACCCAGACAGGGUGAAGGCACGUGGGCCUGGGCUAGAGAAGACAGGAGUGGCCGUCAACAAACCAGCAGAGUUCACGGUGGAUGCCAAGCUUGGUGGGAAGGCCCCGCUCCGAGUGCAAGUCCAGGACAAUGAAGGCUGCCCUGUAGAAACAACAGUCAAGGACAAUGGCAACGGCACUUACAGCUGCUCCUACACCCCCAGGAAGCCAGUGAAACACACAGCCAUGGUGUCCUGGGGUGGUGUCAGCAUCCCCAAUAGCCCCUUCCGGGUGAACGUGGGAGCUGGCAGCCACCCAAACAAGGUCAAGGUAUAUGGGCCAGGAGUGGCCAAGACAGGGCUCAAGGCCCAUGAACCCACCUACUUCACUGUGGACUGCACAGAGGCAGGCCAAGGAGAUGUCAGCAUUGGCAUCAAGUGUGCCCCUGGAGUGGUGGGCCCUGCUGAGGCCGACAUUGACUUUGACAUCAUCCGCAAUGACAACGAUACCUUCACAGUCAAGUACACGCCUCGUGGGGCUGGCAGUUACACCAUCAUGGUUCUUUUUGCUGACCAGGCCACACCCACCAGCCCCAUCCGAGUCAAGGUGGAACCCUCUCACGAUGCCAGCAAAGUGAAGGCUGAGGGUCCUGGCCUUAGUCGCACUGGUGUUGAGCUUGGCAAACCCACCCAUUUCACGGUCAAUGCCAAAGCUGCUGGCAAAGGCAAACUGGAUGUCCAGUUCUCAGGGAUGGCCAAGGGGGAUGCUGUGAGAGACGUGGACAUCAUUGACCACCAUGAUAACACCUACACGGUCAAGUACACACCUGUGCAGCAGGGCCCAGUCGGAGUCAAUGUCACUUACGGAGGGGAUCCUAUCCCCAAGAGCCCCUUUUCAGUGGGAGUGGCUCCAAGCCUGGACCUCAGCAAGAUCAAGGUGUCUGGCCUGGGAGAGAAAGUGGAUGUGGGCAAAGACCAAGAGUUCACGAUCAAAUCAAAGGGAGCUGGUGGCCAAGGCAAGGUGGCAUCCAAGAUUGUGGGCCCCUCGGGCACUGCAGUGCCAUGUAAGGUGGAGGCAGGUCUGGCAGCAGACAACAGUGUGGUACGCUUCGUUCCCCGUGAGGAGGGGCCCUAUGAGGUGGAAGUGACGUAUGACGGCGUGCCUGUGCCUGGCAGUCCCUUUCCUUUGGAAGCUGUGGCCCCGACCAAGCCCAGCAAGGUGAAGGCAUUCGGGCCGGGACUACAAGGGGGCAGUGCUGGCUCCCCGGCCCGCUUCACUAUCGACACAAAGGGUGCUGGCACAGGGGGCCUGGGCCUGACAGUGGAAGGCCCCUGCGAGGCCCAACUCGAGUGUCUGGACAAUGGGGACGGCACAUGCUCUGUGUCCUACGUGCCCACUGAGCCUGGAGACUACAAUAUCAACAUCCUUUUCGCCGACACCCACAUCCCUGGCUCUCCAUUCAAGGCCCAUGUAGUUCCCUGCUUUGAUGCAUCCAAGGUUAAGUGCUCGGGUCCUGGGCUGGAGCGAGCCACUGCAGGCGAGGUUGGACAGUUCCAAGUGGACUGCUCGAGUGCAGGCAGUGCAGAGCUGACCAUUGAGAUCUGCUCCGAGGCAGGGCUUCCAGCAGAGGUCUAUAUCCAAGACCACGGUGACGGCACACAUACCAUCACCUACAUUCCUCUCUGCCCAGGGGCCUAUACUGUCACCAUCAAGUAUGGCGGCCAGCCUGUGCCCAACUUUCCCAGCAAGCUGCAGGUAGAGCCUGCGGUGGACACCUCGGGUGUCCAGUGUUACGGACCUGGCAUUGAGGGCCAAGGUGUCUUCCGGGAGGCCACCACUGAGUUUAGUGUGGAUGCCCGAGCUCUGACACAGACUGGAGGGCCGCAUGUCAAGGCCCGUGUGUCCAACCCCUCAGGCAACCUGACCGAGACCUAUGUGCAGGACUGUGGAGAUGGCACGUACAAAGUGGAGUACACGCCUUACGAAGAGGGACUGCACUCUGUCGAUGUGACCUAUGCUGGCAGCCCCGUGCCCAGCAGCCCCUUCCAGGUGCCCGUCACUGAGGGCUGUGAUCCCUCCCGGGUGCGGGUGCAUGGGCCAGGCAUCCAAAGUGGGACCACCAACAAGCCCAAUAAGUUCACUGUGGAGACCAGGGGAGCUGGUACCGGCGGCUUGGGCCUGGCUGUGGAGGGACCCUCUGAGGCUAAGAUGUCCUGCAUGGACAAUAAGGAUGGCAGCUGUUCGGUAGAGUACAUCCCCUAUGAGCCUGGCACCUACAACCUCAAUGUCACCUACGGUGGCCACCAAGUGCCAGGAAGUCCCUUCAAGGUCCCUGUGCAUGACGUGACAGAUGCAUCCAAGGUACAGUGCUCUGGGCCUGGCUUGAGCCCAGGCAUGGUGCGUGCCAACAUUCCUCAGUCCUUCCAGGUGGACACAAGCAAGGCUGGUGUGGCCCCGCUGCAGGUCAAAGUACAGGGCCCCAAAGGCCUUGUGGAGCCAGUGGAUGUGGUGGACAAUGCCGAUGGCACCCAGACGGUCAACUAUGUGCCCAGCCGAGAAGGACCCUACAGCAUCUCUGUGCUGUAUGGGGAAGAAGAGGUGCCGCGCAGCCCCUUCAAGGUCAAGGUGCUGCCUACACAUGAUGCCAGCAAGGUGAAGGCCAGUGGCCCUGGACUCAACACCACUGGUGUCCCGGCUAGCCUCCCGGUUGAGUUCACUAUUGAUGCUAAGGAUGCUGGGGAAGGCCUGCUGGCUGUGCAGAUCACGGACCCUGAAGGCAAGCCCAAGAAGACACACAUCCAGGACAAUCACGAUGGGACGUACACUGUGGCCUAUGUGCCAGAUGUGACAGGCCGCUACACCAUCCUCAUCAAGUAUGGUGGUGAUGAGAUCCCCUUCUCCCCGUACCGUGUCCGGGCUGUGCCCACUGGAGAUGCCAGCAAAUGCACAGUCACAGUGUCAAUCGGAGGUCACGGGCUAGGUGCUGGCAUUGGCCCCACCAUCCGGAUUGGGGAGGAGACUGUGAUCACCGUGGACACAAAGGCGGCAGGGAAAGGCAAGGUGACCUGCACCGUGUGCACGCCUGACGGCUCCGAAGUGGACGUGGACGUGGUAGAGAAUGAAGAUGGUACCUUUGACAUUUUCUACACAGCCCCCCAGCCAGGCAAAUAUGUGAUCUGCGUGCGCUUUGGUGGCGAGCAUGUGCCAAACAGCCCGUUCCAAGUGACGGCUCUGGCUGGGGACCAGCCCGUGGCACAGCCCCCGUUGCGGCCUCAGCAGCUGGCCCCACAGUACGCCUAUGCCCAGGGUGGCCAGCAGACCUGGGCCCCUGAGAGGCCCCUGGUGGGCGUGAACGGGCUGGAUGUGACCAGCCUGAGGCCUUUUGACCUCGUCAUCCCCUUCGCCAUUAAGAAGGGCGAGAUCACUGGGGAGGUUCGGAUGCCCUCAGGCAAGGUGGCCCAGCCUGCCAUCACUGACAACAAGGACGGCACUGUGACUGUGCGCUAUGCACCCAGUGAGGCUGGCCUGCACGAGAUGGACAUCCGCUACGAUAACAUGCACAUUCCAGGGAGCCCCCUGCAGUUCUAUGUGGAUUACGUUAACUGUGGUCAUGUCACUGCCUACGGACCAGGCCUUAGUCAUGGAGUGGUGAACAAGCCCGCCACGUUCACUGUCAACACCAAAGACGCGGGAGAAGGGGGCCUGUCACUGGCCAUCGAGGGUCCUUCCAAAGCGGAAAUCAGCUGUACUGACAACCAGGACGGGACGUGCAGUGUCUCCUACCUGCCGGUACUGCCUGGCGACUAUAGCAUCCUGGUCAAGUACAACGACCAACACAUCCCAGGCAGCCCCUUCACUGCCAGGGUCACAGGUGACGACUCCAUGCGGAUGUCCCACCUGAAGGUGGGCUCUGCAGCUGACAUUCCCAUCAACAUCUCGGAGACGGACCUCAGCCUGCUGACGGCCACCGUGGUGCCCCCAUCCGGCCGGGAGGAGCCAUGUCUGCUGAAGCGGCUGCGCAACGGUCACGUGGGGAUCUCGUUCGUGCCUAAGGAGACGGGGGAGCACUUGGUGCAUGUGAAGAAGAAUGGUCAGCACGUGGCCAGCAGCCCCAUCCCAGUGGUGAUCAGCCAGUCGGAGAUUGGGGAUGCCAGCCGUGUGCGCGUGUCUGGCCAGGGCCUUCACGAGGGCCAUACCUUUGAACCUGCGGAGUUUAUCAUUGACACUCGAGAUGCAGGCUACGGUGGACUCAGCCUCUCCAUCGAGGGACCCAGCAAGGUGGAUAUCAACACAGAGGACCUGGAAGACGGCACGUGUAGAGUCACCUACUGCCCCACAGAGCCCGGCAACUACAUAAUCAACAUCAAGUUUGCUGACCAGCACGUGCCCGGUAGCCCCUUCUCAGUCAAAGUGACAGGCGAGGGCCGGGUGAAAGAGAGCAUCACACGCAGACGACGGGCUCCUUCGGUAGCCAACGUUGGCAGUCACUGCGACCUCAGCCUCAAGAUCCCUGAAAUCAGCAUCCAGGACAUGACAGCCCAGGUGACCAGCCCCUCGGGCAAGAGCCACGAGGCUGAGAUUGUGGAAGGCGAGAACCACACAUACUGUAUCCGCUUUGUGCCUGCCGAGAUGGGCACACACACAGUCAGUGUCAAGUACAAGGGCCAGCACGUGCCUGGGAGCCCCUUCCAGUUCACUGUGGGGCCCCUCGGGGAAGGAGGAGCCCACAAGGUCCGUGCUGGAGGCCCUGGCCUGGAGAGGGCUGAAGCUGGAGUGCCAGCUGAAUUCAGCAUCUGGACCAGGGAGGCUGGUGCUGGGGGCCUGGCCAUUGCUGUGGAGGGCCCAAGCAAGGCUGAGAUCUCCUUCGAGGACCGCAAGGAUGGCUCGUGCGGUGUGGCCUAUGUGGUCCAGGAGCCAGGUGACUACGAGGUGUCGGUGAAGUUCAACGAGGAGCACAUACCUGACAGUCCUUUCGUGGUGCCUGUGGCUUCUCCGUCCGGCGAUGCCCGCCGCCUUACUGUUUCUAGUCUUCAGGAGUCAGGGCUAAAGGUCAACCAGCCAGCCUCUUUUGCAGUCAGCCUGAAUGGGGCCAAGGGGGCGAUUGAUGCCAAGGUGCACAGCCCCUCGGGAGCCCUGGAGGAGUGCUAUGUCACAGAGAUUGACCAAGAUAAGUAUGCUGUGCGCUUCAUCCCACGCGAGAAUGGCAUCUACUUGAUUGAUGUCAAGUUCAACGGCACCCACAUCCCUGGAAGCCCCUUCAAGAUCCGAGUUGGGGAGCCUGGGCACGGAGGGGACCCAGGCAUGGUGUCCGCCUACGGAGCAGGCCUGGAAGGCGGCAUUACAGGGAGCCCAGCUGAAUUUAUCGUGAACACAACCAAUGCGGGAGCCGGUGCCCUUUCGGUGACGAUCGAUGGCCCCUCCAAGGUGAAGAUGGAUUGCCAGGAGUGCCCCGAGGGCUACCGCGUCACUUACACUCCCAUGGCACCUGGCAGCUACCUCAUCUCCAUCAAGUAUGGUGGGCCCUACCACAUCGGGGGCAGCCCCUUUAAGGCCAAAGUCACAGGCCCUCGGCUCGUCAGCAACCACAGCCUCCAUGAGACGUCCUCGGUGUUUGUGGACUCCCUGAGCAAGGCUGCUGCUGCUGCCACCCAGCAUGGCGUGUCAGGCCCGGGUCCUGCCGAUGCCAGCAAAGUGGUGGCCAAGGGCCUGGGGCUGAGCAAGGCCUACGUGGGCCAGAAGAGCAGCUUCACGGUGGACUGCAGCAAAGCAGGCAACAGCAUGCUGCUGGUGGGGGUUCACGGCCCCAGGACACCCUGCGAGGAGAUCCUGGUGAAGCACGUGGGCAGCAGGCUCUACAGCGUCUCCUACCUGCUCAAGGACAAAGGGGAGUACACGCUGGUGGUCAAGUGGGGCGACGAGCAUAUCCCGGGUAGCCCUUACCGUGUCCUGGUGCCCUGAGCUCGGUGCACUACUGGCCAGCAGCUGCCCUGACGAGAAGUGCCCCCCACGCCUGCUCUCCUCUGCCCUCUGGCCUGACCUGGCCACCCCAACCCAUCACUGCAGUCGCCCCUGCCCCGUGCUGCGCUCACCUGCCUCUCAUGGCUGGCCUCUUGGCUUCACUUGUGCAGAGGGAGCCGGUCGGUGGCGCUGCUUGUCUUCUUUGGUUCUGGGAGGGGAAGAAGUAGGGGUCCUGUCCUUGACCACCCACUAGUUUUCUUCUCCAGCCAAGAGGAAUAAAGUUUUGCUUCCAUUC